AUGCAUCACCCAAAUGGACUUGGAGCAGUGCUUUCCCAUAUCACCAGUAACGGAGAAAGACCAAUUGCUUAUGCAUCAAGAAUGUUAACACCCACUGAACGUAACUAUUCCCAAAUUGAGCGUGAGGGUUUGGCAAUCAUCUUUGGACUACGGAAGUUUCAUCAAUAUUUAUAUGGUCGUAUAUUCACCCUUAUUACAGAUAGCAAACCACUGUCAUACAUUCUGGGACCCAGGAAGGGCAUUCAAGUCCUUGCAGCUGCAAGAAUACAACGCUGGGCUAUACAGUUAGCAGCUUAUGAUUAUGACAUUGAAUUAUGUCGUUCAAGUGACAAUGGAAAUGCUGAUGCACUCUCACGGUUGCCGUUACCGGAUUGUGACUCCGAUGCAUCAGAUAAGCUUGUAAACUGGACACAAGAAGCAACUGCAUUUAACAUGCACCCGGUGAACUCUCUUCCUGUAACUGCGAAAUCUGUUGUAAAGGAAAGUUUGCAUGAUGUUGUACUGGCUAGAGCUUUAUAUUAUACACGAAAUGGAUGGCCAGACUCUGAGGACAUAGCACAGGAGGAACUGAAACCCUUCCAUAGCCGUCAGCGUGAGUUUUCAAUUGAAGAGGGAUGUCUUCUAUGGGGUGCCAGGGUGGUAAUACCGUCGAGAUAUAGGAUUCAAAUCUUAGAAGAGCUACAUGGUGGUCAUCCGGGGAUUGUUAGGAUGAAAGGAUUAGCUCGCUUGCAUGUGUGGUGGCCGAAUAUUGAUCAAGAUAUUGAAAACACUGCGCAAGGGUGCUCUGCUUGUCAGGCUACUCAGCCAAUGCCGACUCGUGCUGAGGGUAAUCCGUGGAUAUGGCCUUCUGGUCCGUGGAAAAGAGUACAUGUUGAUUUCGCAGGACCAUUCCUGGGACAAAUGUACCUCAUUAUGAUUGACGCAUAUUCAAAAUGGACAGAAGUACCCCCAAUGAAAUCAGUUACAACUAUGAAUACCAUCGAGAUCAUGCGGCGGGUAUUUGCUCAGCAUGGGGUUUGUGUAGAGCUCGUGUCUGAUAAUGGAAGACAGUUUGUAGCUGAGGAAUUUAAAGAGUUCAUGACCCAAAAUGGUGUAAAGCAUAUAUUGAUACCCGCUUAUCACCCAAGCAGUAAUGGGCAGGCCGAAAAUACAAAUGAUUCCCCGAAUGAAAAUGUAGGUAACCAUCCUUCGCCAGUUCCAGAGUCCGAUCUACAAACCACCUUUUUGGCUAAUGACCCUCAAGAUAUCAUUCAGGAAGAAGACCGUCGCUUUGUCCCGCCUCGAAGAUCACAGAGAAUUAUGGAAAGGAUACGACCCAAUGACUUGUUCGCAUAA